AUGGCUUUACAAUUGAAGUGGGUAUUGGUGACCGGCGGGGCUGGGUACAUCGGCUCCCAUACGGUGGUUGAGCUGAUCGAAAAUGGCUACAAAUGUGUGGUAGUGGACAACUUGUGCAAUUCAAGUUACGAGUCGAUCGCCCGUCUGCAGGUUCUAACGAAAACUGAAAUUCCGUUCUUCAACGUUGAUCUUACAGAUGAAGAAGGCGUGGCUAAAAUCUUCCAGCAAUAUCCGAUAGAUUCGGUGAUUCAUUUUGCCGGUUUGAAAGCGGUCGGAGAGUCCGCAACUAUCCCGUUGAAGUAUUACCACAACAACAUCACUGGAACGCUCGUUUUGCUCGAAACCAUGCGCAAGUUUGGGACGAAGAAACUCGUAUUUUCCUCCUCCGCGACCGUCUACGGCGACGCGACCCGGUUUCCAGAUAUGAUACCCAUCCCAGAAGAAUGCCCAACUCAACCAACAAAUCCUUAUGGGAAAACUAAACUGGCAAUCGAGGAGAUACUGGCAGACCUACACGCUAGCGAGCCUGAAAAAUGGAAAUUCGCAGUUCUUCGGUAUUUCAAUCCCAUCGGUGCCCAUGCAUCGGGACUUAUUGGCGAAGAUCCACUAGGCAUUCCAAACAAUCUGCUACCUUAUAUGGCUCAAGUUGCGGUGAAGAGGAGAGAAAAGCUAUUUGUCUUUGGUAAUGACUACGAUUCUAGAGAUGGCACGCCAAUUAGAGAUUACAUCCACGUUGUGGACUUGGCUCGAGGUCACAUAGCGUCACUAAAAUACCUCGAUCAAAUUGGAGACAAACAGGGAAUUUGUCGGGCGUGGAAUCUAGGCUCUGGGACAGGCUCCACUGUUAUGGAAGUCUACAAAGCAUUCUGCUUAGCUUGCGGUAUCGACUUGCAGUUUGAAGUCGUAGGUCGCAGGGCGGGCGACGUUCUCAAUCUAACUGCCAAGCCUACUAGAGCGCUUGAGGAACUGAAAUGGAGAACAGAGAUGAGUGUAGCUGAUGCCUGCGAAGAUCUGUGGAAAUGGACAACGGGAAAUCCGUUCGGCUAUCAAGUGAUGGGUGUGGUGGACACAAUGUUCAACAAACCAGGGGAUUUUGGCUCUCGUCUAAUUACCGUUGGGAGAGGAUCGGGCUUCGAGGCCUCUUUCACCAAUGUGGGUGCGACCCUCGUGGAUCUGAAUGUCAAUGGGAAGUCAGUCGUAAUAGGGCUUGCCAGUGAAGCUGAGUAUCUUGACGAGUCUAAUCCAUAUUUGGGUACCACCAUAGGGCGCUAUGCAAACAGAAUUUACGAUGGGAGCUUUACUUUAGAAGGCACCAAAGUUCAGCUGGCGUUGAACGAAAAGAACGCCACGCUGCAUAGUUCUCUACAAUCAUUUCACAAGCAGAGAUUUUUGGGUCCACUCGUCGUCAAUCCCAACAAAAAUGAAUAUACCCUUAAGUACAUUCUGGUUGACAGAGAGGGACAAUUUCCGGGGGACGUUGUUGUUUCCGUCACUUACGGAAUCAACAUAAAAUUACAAACACUAACAGUGGAAUAUGAGGGCCACUUGGCAAAAGGCUCCGCGACCGUGAUGAACUUAACAAAUCACUCUUACUUCAAUCUCAACAUGUUCCAAAAUAGCAGCCUCAAUGACACCGAAUUUAAGCUUUUAUCGGAUAAGGUGCUUGAGAUGGAUUCAAAUGGCAAACCCACUGGAAAAAUUGUCAGUCUGGAAAACGCAUCAAAAUUUAUUUCCACCCCAUCAGGGCCACACUUCGAUACGUGCUUUGUAACAGGAGCCGAGGCACCCGUGGAUACUAGAGUCAACGAUUUGAAACCCGUACUAACAGCCCAACACCCACUCUCUGGCAUCAAGUUGACCAUAUUAACCACGGAGCCCAGCUUCCAGUUCUACAAUGGAGGACCAGGGUACUUGAAAAAUCACGGAGAAAGGUUUGGAUUCUGCUGUGAACCGGGAAGGUUCAUCAAUGCAGUCAACAUUAAUGAGUGGAGAGAUGCGGUUUUUUUGAAGAAAGGAGAGGUAUACGGCUCUCGGACUACCUACAAGUUUGAGACUGUCUCUUUAUAA